CAUAUUCCACCUCUAUUUACUUCUUUUGCCAUCGUCCCAAAAAUUCUUCCCCCACCCACCCCACCUUAUUUACCUUUCCUGCCAUUCACAUCUCUCAUUACCACACCUCUCUCUUCUUCACUGAAUCCUAAUUCUUUUUGCCCUCGAUUUCUAACAGUCUUUGUCUUUGUCUUUUCAAUGGCGAGAGCUUCAGCUGGAGCGGCGAACCCGUACGGCCGUACCGGUGUGCGUAUCGUGGUGGCCGGAGAUAGAGGCACCGGCAAAUCCAGCUUGAUCGUCACCGCCGCCGCCGAGAACUUCCCGGCGAACGUUCCGCCGGUUCUUCCUCCGACGAGGCUGCCCGAGGAUUUCUAUCCCGACCGCGUGCCCGUUACGAUCAUCGACACUUCGUCUCGAGUGGAGGAUGAUGGUAAAGUUGCUGAAGAACUGAAGAGGGCUGAUGCGGUUGUGCUAACUUAUGCAUGUGAUGAGCCUUCUACACUUGAUCGAUUGAGUUCUUUCUGGCUGCCAAAGCUUCGUAAAUUAGAGGUGAAGGUCCCAGUUAUAGUGGUGGGUUGUAAGCUGGAUUUAAGAGAUGAUAACCAGCAGAUGAGCCUGGAACAGGUGAUGUCACCAAUAAUGCAACAAUUUCGGGAGAUUGAAACUUGCAUUGAAUGUUCGGCCUUUAAACAUAUUCAGAUCCCUGAGGUUUUCUACUAUGCACAAAAAGCUGUGCUUCAUCCGACUGGUCCACUAUUUGACCAGGAAACACAGACUUUGAAGCCCCGAUGUGUGCGUGCCUUGAAGCGGAUAUUUAUUCUUUGUGACCAUGACAGGGAUGGCGCCCUCAGUGAUGCUGAGUUGAAUGAUUUUCAGGUGAAAUGUUUCAAUGCUCCAUUACAACCUUCUGAAAUAAUAGGCGUUAAGAGGGUUGUGGCAGAAAAAUUGCCAGAAGGAGUCAAUGAACGUGGGCUUACUUUGACAGGAUUCCUCUUUCUUCAUGCACUAUUCAUAGAAAAAGGGCGUCUUGAGACAACAUGGACUGUCCUAAGAAAAUUUGGAUACAAUAAUGAUAUCAAACUUGCAGAUGAACUGCUUCCAUCUUCUUUCAAACGAGCUCCUGAUCAGAGUGUGGAGCUGACAAAUGAAGCCAUCGAGUAUCUAAAGGGAAUCUUUGAAUUGUUUGACAACAAUCAAGAUGGGGCCCUACGACCUCGUGAAAUUGAGGAAUUAUUUUCCACAGCUGCUGAGAGUCCUUGGGAGAAAGCCCCAUAUUUGGAUGCAGCAGAGAAAGAUGCAUUUGGAGGUCUAUCACUUGAUGGGUUUUUGUCAGAGUGGUCCCUCAUGACACUUUUAGACCCAUCUUGGAGCAUGGAGAAUCUUAUAUACAUUGGGUAUCCUGGUGAUCCUUUGUCUGCUUUCCGUGUGACUAGAAGAAGGCGUUUGGAUCGCAAGAAGCAGCAGACAGACAGAAAUGUUUUCCAGUGUUUUGUUUUUGGGCCCAACAAGGCUGGAAAGUCUGCAUUACUGAAUUCUUUUCUUGGAAGGCCUGUUUCCGAUAAUUAUAAUUCAAGCACUGAAGAGCGUUAUGCAGUGAAUGUUGUUGAUCAACCAGGGGGAAUAAAGAAGACCCUUGUGUUGAAAGAGAUACCUGAAGAUGGAGUAAGUAAAUUGCUAUCUGAUAAAGAAUCCUUGGCUACUUGUGACAUUGCAAUAUUUGUUCAUGACAGUUCUGAUGUGGUAUCAUGGAAGAGAGCAACUGAAUUGCUGGUAGAAGUUGCUGGUCAUGGUGAGGAUACUGGCUUUGAGGUGCCUUGCCUCAUUGUUGCAGCUAAAGAUGACCUGAAUUCAUUUCCCAUGGCCAUACAAGAUUCUACUAGGGUUAGUCAGGACAUGGGAAUAGAGGCUCCUAUACCAAUCAGCGCAAAGUUGGGUGAUCUCAAUAAUGUAUUUCGUAGGAUUGUAAGUGCUGCAGAACACCCCCAUUUGAGCAUUCCUGAAACUGAAGCUGGGAGAAGUCGAAAGCAAUACCACCGUCUAAUAAACCGUUCGCUUAUGUUCGUUUCUGUUGGAGCUGCAGUGGCCAUUGUUGGACUGGCAGCUUACCGUGUCUAUGCUGCAAGGAAGAAUGCUUCUGGUUAAGGGAUGAAAGUUUUCCAUCAGUCAUUGCAGUUUAGCUCUUCCUCUCCCCAAUUUGCAUACAGUUGGUUGUGCAACGAUUUGUCUUCUCCAAAUUUCUACAUUGUUGGGUUUCUUGAUACAAUUCCAUUCGUAGAGAAGUUGCAGAUUUCUACCAAAUUAUCACAGCCUAAAAUUUUUCUCUCUUUUCUGUUCCUUGUAGGUUUAUACUUAAUGGGCAAUAUCUUGCCUGCAAUUCUCGUAUUCCUUGUGGGGUAUUUUCCCCCCCUUAUUUAUGAAGGCUUUUCAAAGUUUUAUACUGAAAUAUACAAUGGAGUGAGUUGUGUAGGAAUUAUGCAAUAUGAAAAGUUUUGCAAAAAUUGUUCCCCCAUGUAUAUCCACCUGUUUAAUGAUUUCAUUUUGCUGUUACAGUUUUUCGUUAAUGUGCUCCUAUCAAUGUGGUUACUCUUA